AGCUCCAGCUCACUUGUAGUAACAGCUUCCUCGGUAGUUGAUCUGUGUGUUCAUUGCUGGGAAGUGAUACAGACUCUAGAAUGGCUGAGCAGUUUGUGAAGAGCAAGAUUACACCUAAUAAAGUGGUAGUGUUUGGGAAAUCUAGCUGCCCUUACUGCCACAAGGCUGUGGACCUUCUGAAAGGAUUUAAUCUCAAGCCUGGGCAUUUUGAAUAUAUAGAUCUCACAAACCUAAAAGACAUGGAGGCUAUUCAGGACUAUUUACUGCAGAUCACAGGAGCUAGAACAGUUCCUCGUAUCUUUGUUGGAGGAAUCAGUGUUGGUGGUUUUACAGACCUAGACGCUCUUAAAAGGAGUGGAGAACUGGAGCUCAUGUUAAAGAAAAUUGGGGCCUUGUGAAGACUGGAGAAUUCUGUGGGCUGUGACUACCUCAUGCUGCAGCGCAAAGCCUUUGGAAAUGAAAUUCCUUCCUGCUUUUCUUCUACAUCUCCUGUGAUGCUUACUGUGCAUUUUAACAUUGACCAAUGAUGGUGGAAGGUUCUGGUUACUGUCUGGAAUACGGCUGUAACUCAUGGCACUUUUUUGAUAUGUCUGUAUCCCUGCUAGUAAACUGAGAACAAUCAUUUCUGGCUCAAUAGAAUAAAAUGUUUGUACUAGCAAA